CGUACAGUCACUUCAGCUCUGAGUGAAGGAGGCUGAUCCUCCGUGCACGUGUGAAGGCGAGAACCUCAGCAUCUUUACAGGAGUAAACAGAGCAGAAAAUGGCACAUUGUGGAAAACCGCUGCUCUCUCUGAUCCACACUGGAUUCCUCUUAGCGGUUGUUUUAUUUCCAGACUUUCUGGGGGCCAUUCCAGUAGAGCAGCACAGCGAAGAGCAAGUGUCAAAUCAUGUGAGAGCCGAGGCCAUGACGAACCUGAAGAAACUGGUUCGGAACAGAAGGAAUGUACCUCAGUUCCAACAUACUUCUGACUUCUGGGGAUGGUACAAGUACUUCGCGGACACCCACAACCAGGAAGGAGUUGAGGAUCUGGAUCGCCUGUAUUUGGCGUACCUACAGGACAAGCACAGGUCAGAGAAGGGGUCCAGCUUCCACCAUUACCUCAAACACCUCAGUGAAGUCUACAAGGCGUGUGCCGAGUCAGAGGAUCCAGAGUGCAUUGCUGAGUUCACGAGCAAACCAAAAGCUGCAGUGGUGAUGCCGUCUCCUGUGAAGUCAUCAUCAGUCACCAUGUGCAACCCUCAACUUGACCCCUACUGUCUAUAUCCUGGUGCUUCAAAGGCUGCCAGCCCUGAACCAGCUCCAGUUUCAGCCAAAGGUCCAGGUCCUGUUUACUCCCCACUCCAGUCCAUGUCUACGAAGAGUUCUGGCAGCUCCUACUACCCACCUAUCCUGGAGCCCUUUCUGGGUGCCGAUCAGAGGUCUGAGCUUCUCAGAAUCUGCAACCCUGAAGACGUGGAGUGUCUCCAAUACCACCUACGAGCUGCUUAUGGCUACCAUCCGGCCGCUGGCCUGGCUCCAUCCUAUGCUGCACUCAACUGUGACCCUAAUGAUCCAUACUGCAUGCCCCAUCUGGUCCAGAAGGCCCCCAGUGGCUUCUAUCACCGGCUCCCAAGCUGUGACCCGGCAGUCGAUCCUCUGUGUGCACUGUCCGCCCCGUUGAGUCCAGACUCUGCUCCUAAAGAGCAACACUGCAACCCACUUUUUGACACAGGCUGCAAUCCUCUGAGUGCCACCAGGCUGGCUGCUCUCACCAAGAGUGUUGUGGCAUAUACCCCUCAGAGCCAACCAGCACCUCCCGCCGCUCCUGUGACCUGCGAUCCUCGCUAUGAUCCCUACUGCAUGCUACGUAACCUCCACAGCCCCAAGGACCAGGUCCCCAACAAGCUUGGAAUUCGCGGCAAGACCAGAGAGGGCUACGACUGCUAUGUGCACUAUGACAAAGACUGCACCCCGGUGGAGGACAGCCCCCGGACCAAAGCUGACAUCAGUGCUCCAGCCAAACCCUUCUGCCACCCGUACGACCCCGACUGCAGUAAGUUUGCGUCACCGCCAGGUGCAACCGCCUCUAGACCCAGCAAGGACGGAAUGAUCCUCCCCGACCCCGACUGCGACCCUGAGUAUGACUAUAACUGUCGCCUUCGCCGCGCCCAGCCUGCUGAGGAAGAAGGUGCAGAUACAAAGGAGGCCGCCGUCCCGCAGUCCGCCGUCCCACGCUUUGAAGAUUUCCUCAGGGGUGUCAUGAGCAAGUACAACAAAUUUUAAACAACGUGACACCGUAAUGACCAACACCUGUUAGAUAGUCACGCUAGAAGCAAAACAACUCGCCUCAUGGAUUUUUAUAAAGCUAUUAAAUAUAAAAUGCUUCAGCUUUUAAAUUGUAGCUUUUGGUUUGUUGGUUGGUUUGUUAGAAGAGGACCAAGAGACAGAAAACAUGUAGGCUAACUAUCACAUAUAUGUUUGGAUGCACUUGGGGCAGUUUGAUAUGGUCUCUGUUGUAUAUGCUUUUUCCAUGUCAGUAAGUGUAUUUAAUGUUGUUUUUUAUUGUUUUCUGUAACUCGAAAACUCUUUAAGUGUUUAGUUUGAGUUUAAAAUAAACAAAUGUGAAAAAA